AUGACAGCGGCAACCUUGAACCAGGCCCCGUCUGGCCCGGACCCGCUGUACCAGCCGGAUUACUACCAGAGCAUGAUGGAGUUCAGGGAGCAGACGCUCGUGCGGCUGCAGAGAUUCCUGCAGCAGCGCUUCUUCUCUAUCAGGGACUACCUCACCGACCCCCGCAAGUUCCAGGCCGCGCUGGAGUGCCUCUCGUUCUGCGACUACUCCCUGGCGAUCAAGUGCGGCGUCCACAUGACACUCUGCGGCGGCACCAUCUGCAAGCUGGGCACCAAGAAGCAUCACGACGCCUUCCUGCCCGGCAUCGACUCGCUGGCGCUGCCGGGCUGCUUCGGCAUGACUGAGCUGGGGCACGGCAGCAACGUCAUGGGGAUCGAGACCACGGCGCACUACGACCCGUCCACGGGCGAGUUCGUCAUCAACACCCCCAAUAACGAGGCCUCCAAGUUCUGGAUCGGCGGCAGCGGCCAGCACGGCAAGCUGUGCGUCGUCUUUGCGCAGCUGACCGUCGCCGGCAAGUGGGAGGGGCCGCACGUGUUUGCGGUGCGCAUCCGCGACGACCGCGGCGCCGUGAUGCCCGGCGUGAGGAUCAAGGACAUGGGGCCCAAGAUGGGGCUGAACGGCGUGGACAAUGGCCAGAUGUGGUUUGACCACGUGCGGGUGCCCAGGUGA